AGAAGCGGCGCGAUCAUGGCGGAGCGCGGUCAGCUUCCUCCUUAUGCAAAGCGUCUCUGCUGUAGACCCGGUUACGGUUCGGGGUGUAGGCUAGGCCAGCAGGCGGGCGAUACCGGGCCUGGGAGCGGAACGUUCUGUGCCGGACCGUCAUCAGCAGCAGCAGCUGCCGCCGCCGCUGCUGCUGCCACCGCCGCCUCCCUGGUGCUGUUGCCGCUCGGCAAGACGCAAAGCCCCGAGUCCUUGCUAGAUAUUGCGGCUCGUAAGGUGGCAGAGAAGUGGCCUUUUCAGCGGGUGGAGGAGCAGUUCGAGCGGAUUCCGGAGCCGGUCCAGCGCAGGAUUGUCUACUGGUCCUUCCCUCGCAGUGAAAGGGAGAUAUGUAUGUACUCCUCCUUCGACACCGGCGCCGAGGGUUUUACCGCCCCUGGGAGCGCAGCCGGCAACACCGCGUCCGGUGGGGCCGUAGACGCUGUCGCUGAUGAGAACCGCCUGCCUUUCCGCAGGGGCAUGGCUCUGCUCGAUGGCGGCUGCGUCGAUAAUGUUCUGCAAGUCGGUUUCCACUUGAGUGGCACAGUGACAGAGCCUGCAAUGCAAUCGGAGCCGGAAACUGUUUUCAAUGUAGCUAUCAGCUUUGAUCGUUGCAAGAUUACCUCAGUGACUUGUAGCUGUGGAAACAAAGAUAUAUUUUACUGUGCCCACGUUGUUGCUCUCUCUUUAUACCGAAUCCGCAAGCCAGAUCAGGUCAAACUGCAUCUUCCCAUUUCAGAGACACUGUUUCAAAUGAACAGAGACCAACUACAAAAAUUUGUACAGUAUUUGAUCACAGUGCACCACACAGAAGUUUUACCAACUGCUCAAAAAUUAGCAGAUGAAAUUCUUUCUCAGAAUUCAGAAAUCAGUCAAGUCCAUGGUGCUCCUGACCCAACAGCAGGUGCUAGCAUAGAUGAUGAAAACUGCUGGCAUUUGGAUGAGGAACAGGUCCAAGAACAAGUUAAACUCUUCCUCUCACAGGGUGGAUACCAUGGAUCAGGGAAGCAGCUCAAUUUGCUUUUUGCAAAGGUGCGAGAGAUGCUGAAGAUGAGAGAUUCAAAUGGAGCUCGCAUGUUGACAUUGAUAACAGACCAGUUCAUGGCUGACCCUCGUCUGUUGCUUUGGAGACAACAAGGAACUGCAAUGACUGACAAGUAUAGGCAGCUCUGGGAUGAACUGGGUGCUCUGUGGAUGUGUAUAGUCUUAAAUCCCCACUGCAAGUUGGAACAGAAGACCAGUUGGCUAAAACAGCUGAAAAAAUGGAACUGUGUGGAUGUUUGUCCAUGGGAAGAUGGAAACCAUGGAAAUGAGCUGCCCAAUUUAACCAAUGCUUUGCCUCAGGGUGCAAAUGCUAACCAAGAUUCAUCGAACAGGCCCCAUCGGACAGUGUUCACUCGAGCCAUUGAAGCGUGUGAUCUUCACUGGCAGGACAGCCACUUACUGCACAUUAUCAGCAGUGACCUAUACACCAACUACUGUUACCAUGAUGACACUGAAAGCUCGCUCUUUGAUUCUCAUGGGUGGCCCCUAUGGCACGAACAUGUCCCUACAGCCUGUGCAAGGGUGGAUGCAUUGCGAUCUCAUGGAUACUCAAGAGAAGCACUGAGGCUAGCAAUAGCUAUUGUUAAUACACUAAGAAGGCAGCAGCAGAAACAGCUGGAAAUGUUCCAGGCUCGGAAGAAAGAACUUCUCUACAGAGGAAUAACCUCAAUAACAAAUCUUGAAGGUUGGGUGGGACACCCUUUGGAUCCAAUUGGCACCCUCUUCAGUAGCCUGAUGGAAGCCUGCAGGGUGGAUGAUGAUAACUUCCAUGGAUUCUCAGACUUCAUGGAGAACACGAGUCAACACAAAUCUCUGGAGUACCAGCACCUGCCUGCACACAAGUUCUUAGAAGAAGGGGAAUCUUAUUUAAUGCUGGCUGUGGAAGUAGCAUUGAUAGGGCUGGGGCAGCAACGAAUAAUGCCAGAUGGCUUGUAUGCACAAGAGAAGGUUUGUCGAAAUGAGGAGCAGCUUAUUUCUAAGCUACAGGAAAUUGAAUUGGAUGAUACUCUGGUGAAGAUUUUUCGAAAACAAGCAGUCUUCCUAUUAGAAGCCGGACCAUAUAGUGGUUUAGGUGAAGUCAUCCAUCGAGAGAGUGUUCCAAUGCACACAUUUGCCAAGUAUCUCUUCACCUCUCUCCUACCUCAUGAUGCUGAACUGGCAUACAAAAUCACACUGAGAGCCAUGCGGUUGCUAGUAUUGGAAUCUACAGCUCCUUCAGGAGACAUGUCCCACCCACACCACAUUGCAUCAAUUGUUCCAAACCGAUAUCCCCGCUGGUUCAACCUAAGUCACAUUGAAUCCCAGCAGUGCGAGCUGGCAUCGACUAUGCUGUCAGCAGCUAAAGGUGAUGUUCAGAGGCUGGAAACAGUGUUACAGUCCAUCCAGAAAAAUAUCCACUCCUCAUCACACAUUUUCAAACUUGCCCAGGAUGCAUUUAAAAUAGCAACACUCACGGACAGCUUGCCAGACAUCACUCUUCUGAAAGUUUCUUUGGAACUGGGCCUUCAGGUGAUGCGGAUGACGCUGUCAACACUGAAUUGGCGACGGCGGGAAAUGGUGAGGUGGUUGGUAACGUGUGCAACAGAACUAGGUGUUCAUGCACUGGAUAGCAUCAUGCAAAACUGGUUUACACUUUUCACUCCAACAGAAGCUACUAGUAUUGUUGCUACAACAGUGAUGUCCAACAGUACAAUUGUCCGUCUACAUCUGGACUGCCUUCAGCAGGAGAAGCUGGCUGGCAGUGCUAGGACACUUGCUCUACAGUGUGCCAUGAAGGAUCCUCAGAACUGUGCCCUCUCUGCGCUGACUUUAUGUGAAAAAGAUCACAUAGCUUUUGAGACUGCUUACCAAAUUGUUCUAGAUGCUGCUACAACCGGCAUGAGCUACUCGCAGCUUUUUACUAUAGCACGAUACAUGGAGCACCGCGGUUACCCCAUGCGGGCCUACAAGUUGGCCACUUUGGCCAUGACACAUCUCAACCUUAGUUACAAUCAGGACACACACCCUGCUAUUAAUGAUGUUCUGUGGGCAUGUGCGCUCAGCCACUCCCUUGGGAAAAAUGAGCUAGCAGCUAUAAUACCUCUGGUAGUCAAAAGUGUCAAAUGUGCAACAGUACUGUCAGACAUUUUGCGUAGGUGUACUUUGACUACUCCUGGCAUGGUGGGACUUCAGGGAAGGAGGAACUCUGUUAAGCUCAUGUCACUGGACAAAGCUCCUUUAAGGCAACUCUUGGAUGCCACAAUUGGAGCCUACAUUAAUACAACUCAUUCGCGUCUCACUCACAUCAGCCCUCGACACUAUGGUGAGUUUAUAGAAUUCCUCAGCAAGGCCCGAGAGACCUUCUUAAUGUCUCAUGAUGGACAGAUCCAGUUUACACAGUUUAUUAACAACCUAAAACAAAUCUAUAAAGGCAAAAAGAAACUGAUGAUGUUGGUUCGUGAGCGGUUUGGUUGAUGAAAGUGCGGGGAGGGAAGGGAUGGUUUGUUUCUACUUGAGCUUGCCUUUUUAACUUAAAGAAACAGAGCCACACUGGUAUUAUAUGUGUAUAGUUGUACUGAGUUUGCAAACUAAAUUGUUAUGUUGUGAAAGUUCAUGCUUACUUUUCUCCUUUUUUUUGGUUAAAAAAGGUUUGGUUUACACUGAGUAUAUGUUGUCAAGUGGCAAAAGCCCAUAUCGCUCUCCUCUCUGUAUACAUUCACAGCCUCAAAACCAAGCAUAUAUUGCAAUGGCUUUAAAAAAAAACAAACAAAACAAAACCAAAACAAAACACCUCCAUCCUGUGAUAAAUACCUCAAAUGGAUUCAGCUUUAUUCCUUUGUAACUCAUCCUUACAUUUCAGCAUAUUUAAACAAACCAAUAAGUGAAAUACUAAUAGUUAAGGCUGACCGCAUGGCUUUGCAGUGCUGUUCAUCCAGAAGCAUGACAAACAAUGCUUGUGCAUGUGGAAACUUAGCUACUGUCAACAUACAUUCUCAGGGAUUUAUCAAAAAAAUUUUAAAAAAGAAUGAGAGCAUUUAUUGUACUGUAUAUAUAUUAUAGUAUAUAUCUGAAUAUUGAAAAAUAUAACAUUAAUUUAUAUUUUAAAAAUCUAUGUAAUGCAGAAUACUUGAAACUGCAGUAGCUUGGUUUCAAAUGAAAAAAUACCUAUCAGAUGGAUGAAAGUGCGCCUUGCUUCAGGGUUGGCUAGGUGGUGAACUGUAUGUUGGGCAUCUAUGCAGAACCACCUUUUGGAUUCCAUGGUUAGACUGAUACCUGCUGGGGGAAGAUUUUUAUAUAUUUAUAUUUAUACAACUCCUGUAUACAUAUAUACGUAUACACACAUGCUUCUAACAGGCACCAUAGUAAAGAGGGACAACAAAAAAUACACAGCCAGAGCAGCAAGGCUUGCCAUUAAGAAUACAGUAUGCCAGAAUCAAGAUUCUUGCUUCCUAGUCUGGAAAAAGAAUUUUGACACAAAACACAUAAUGUUUUCCAAAAUGAUUGACAAGAUUUGCAGCCUUUGCAGUCAGCUAAUAGUAAUCUAACAUUUGUGCACAAACAACAUAUAUAUUAUAUAUAUAUAUACAUAUUCUGCAUAAGUAUUUUGACUUUGUGAGGAACAGAAAGUUGUGUAGGUAUGACUGUUCUACUUUUCAGGUUUUUUUAAAUAUAUUUUAUUUUCUCUAGAAUUACUCAAACAAAAGCAGCCUUCUAUCUUGCCUUGUCUUAAUGCUUUAAAAUAACCAAACUGGAGAUCUAACUACCAAACCGUUCAUUAUAUUAUUAAAUACCAACUUUGGUUACAAUACAGCGACUUCACUUCAGCUGAUAGUUCUGUAUCCUUGUGGUUUUUAAAGCAGAUUUUAUGUUUUGGUGCAAAAGGUGUCCAGUGUGACUUGUCCCCUUCAUUAGAGUACAUGCUAGAGGUAUGUUUGGUAGGUAUUUCUGUUUAGAAAAACUAUUUCAUGUUCCCCAUUUUAUUUAUUUAUUAUAAUAGGUAAAAAGGUUGUACUUCAUCAGCCACGUAAACACUGUCAUGAAGUUGAAAGUAAUUAAGAUUUGAUACACUGAUAUCAAUUUAUUUAUGUAACUAAAUCACUGUUUUAUAAACUUGUUAAUAAUCAGUAAUUUUUUUUUUGUUUUUAUUAAAAUUAGUUUUUUUGAAAGUUGA